AUGGCCUGCUGCGGUGACCUCAGUGCUGAAAAUCUAAAGGAAGAUGCCACGGAGCUGUCCCUACUGGUCCGUGGUGGGUGGAAAACCAUCCUCUUCAACAUCGUCCCUGUGGUGAGGAAGCAGCAGGAGCCGCUUGAGCUCAGUGGGCGGCAGAGUGACCGGGGCUUCCCUGAAGGCAGCCUCCAGAAGGCCACGCAAGAGGCCCACUUCGUCCCUGCCUCUCCCUAUUGCUGGAAAUCCUCCACUCACCUUCCUGUCCUGAAGCUGCUCCAUGCAGUGGGCACUCUGAAGGGUCCCCGUCUAGACAGCCUCCGUCUGCUUGACCAGGUCAACUGUGAGGAGUGGAGGGAGGAGGGCAAAAAAGGUGGCCUCACGUUCGACCACCUGAAGAUGGUGCUGCUGUGGAGCACCGAGCUGUUUCCCUCGCAGGAGGACUGGCAGGACCUGGAGGGCUCGGUCUACAGGCUUUUGGUGAUCCUCCUCUGCUGCUUGGCCACCCAGCGCUUACCCCACUUCCUGCACCCAGAGGAGAACCUCUUCCAAGGAGAGCCGCUGGACCUCAGCUCGCUGUACUGCAAAGUGGAGAGCUUCGCCCGGGACCCCUGUCGCUUCCUCCGCUUUCACUUCAGCCUCCCUGUGUACACCGAUGGCCUGCAGGCGGACCCUGGCAUAAAAGCCCUCCUGCAGCUCCCGGCCAAGGACAGGGCCUACUGGGACACAGCCUAUUUCGACAUCCUGCUCAGCCAGUUCCAGGUGUACCGGAUCCAGGACUGCGCGCGCCGCUUGGCUAUGUCCCAGCUCCUGUCCAAAGUCCGGAGAGAAGUGCCGGUGCAGAGCUGAGCAGGGCCCCGCCACCAGCCCAUCUGAGUGUAACCCCAUUUGCCUUCCCCACUGUGUAGGCCCUUCUCUGCCAGCACCCUGAGCUCCCUGCAGGGAGAAGGGAAAUCAGCCAGAAGAGGAAAGGACACAGACAAGAAACCUUUCUCUCCUUUAACAACCGGAGAGACUGACCCAGCUCUCUGCCUCCUUCCUGUAGAAGGCUCUCAAGCUG